AUGAAAAGAGCUCUUCAAGAGGAAAACAGUUCAACAAAUGAGAAGAAGAGCAAAUUUUCAGGCUGGGAGCAAGCGAAAUUGUAUUUCACACCGGUGAGAUUUUGAAAAAAAAUUAAUUUCGAAAUUUUGCCAUGUGAAAUUUUUGUGCGAAAAAAGUUUUCACUCUGAUCAAAAUUAGGCGUUCAAUUAUUAUUGAAAAUAAAAUUUUGAAGCUCUAAAAUUUGAUCUCAAAAUUUCAUCCUGAAAAUUUGUUCCUGUCAAAAAAUCUUUUUUUUUUCCAGAUCGGCGGAAUAUCGAUUCCCUUGGUAACAUCUGAAAAUGCGCUGAGUUUCGAGAAUAUUUGUGAAAUUAUUAGGCCCGAAAGAAGUGUGCAUUUUAAUUUUAUGAUUGAUUUUGAUUGGCUUAUCAGGUUUGUAUUUUUGAAUUGAACCUACGAGUUGCCACGUCAUAACUCAAAUUUUACAAAAUACUUUUUGAAUAUAUUUGAUGAUUUUUGAAGCUGUUUUAUCUGAACUUUCCAAAAAAAAAUUCUGCUGCGAACCAACCCAAAUUCAAUUUUUCCAGCUGCUACCCUCCCUCACUGCGCAAAAAUCCAAUAACCCUAAUCGUCGGCGAUUCUGACGCUGGAAGUCUUCGAAGAUCAGCGAAAUCCUAUGAAAAUGUAAAUGUUAUUGCUGCUCCCCUCCCAAUUCCAUUCGGAACUCAUCACUCAAAAUUAUCGAUUUUUGAAAAUUCCACAAAUAUUCAUGUUAUUAUUUCUACGGCUAAUUUGAUUACUGGUGAUUGGGAGUUUAAAACUCAACAAUUUUAUCAUGCUUGUGGAGAGAUUUCGAAGGAAAGAAAAGAAGAAUCUCCUGAUUUUUUCAAAGAAGAUCUUCUGGAAUAUUUGAGUUAUUAUCCGAAAUCAUUAGAUCCUUGGAGAGAGAUUAUAAGAAGUUCGGAUUUUUCAAAUAUCUCGGAUCGAUUGAUCUUCUCAGCUCCAGGAUAUCACAAAAAUAUUGGAAAGUUAGGACAUCCCAGAUUAAAAAGACUCAUCGAAUCUUCAAUUAUUCCUAAGCCUUCCACGGCUCAAAAUAGUAGACCACUUUAUAUUGCACAAUGCAGUUCAAUUGGUUCUUUGGGAAAAUUUCCGGUUUCUUGGCUCCGCGGGGAAUUUCUUAAAAGUCUUGAAGGUUCUUCUCCAGCACCAUCAACAUCUCCAGCAAGAUUAUAUCUAAUUUAUCCAACAGUUGAAAAUGUUCGAGAAUCUUGUGAAGGUUAUGAAGCGGGAUGUUCUUUGCCUUAUCGAAAUGAAACACAUAAAAAACAAGAAUGGCUUGGCUCGUUGUUUUGUAAAUGGCGAAGUGAAAAUGCAAAAAGGAGUAAAGCGAUGCCACAUUGCAAAAGUUAUGUUAAAUUGGUUGAUGGGGAAAUUGAAUGGCAAGUUGUAACAAGUGCCAAUUUAUCGAAAGCUGCGUGGGGAGAAUUUCAGGUUUGUAAAUAACUGUAGGGUUUUUAGUGGAAAUCUAGAGAUUUUCAAAUUUAGUCAUAGCUUACCUAAAUUUUUUUUUCAGAAAAACAACACUCAAUUAUGCAUUCGCUCUUACGAAAUCGGUGUACUCAUAACUAACCCAAAUCGUUGUCAACUUCCAUACGAUUAUCCAAUUGUCAAAUAUCAAAAAUCGGAUAAACCGUGGACAACCGACGAAAAACACGAAGAAUCUGAUGUUUUUGGCAAAAAAUGGGUUGGACAAUGA